ACUUUGAAAUAUGUUGAACUACGGUAUCUGUCUGUUCCACGGGCCGUGUUUUGGCAAAGGUGGUCUUGUUGGUUGCCAUGCUAGUUGGGAUAGGGUUAGGUUGUUUAUGUCCACACCAAAUGUUUGUGUCAUAUUGUGUUCGUCUUGCUGAUAACUGUGAGCAUGCAAUGCAUUUCUUUCAAGUUGUGCACAGGUAAAGGGCAUUUGUGAUCAUGUAUGGUGCUCAACAGCAGAAAUCUGCAUAAUUUCAUGCAUGACAUGGCAGAGAAACUCACAUACACCAAUAUAUUGCUUCCAUAUGACUGCUGAUCAUCUUAUAUAGCUCCAAUGCCUGUGGGAAAGAAAAUUCUUUCCCUAGACAUGAAGUACACAGCUAAAUUGUUACUUUAAAAGAGGCAAAUCAUUCUUGCAAUUCUGUAUUUGAUAGGGGGCAGGCUUGCUGAAAAAGUCAGCUCUUCUGAAUUUUAUGGUUGUAGAUGAUGCAAAUGCCAAAAAAUUCUCAAAUCCCACCUUUACACGUACAAAACUGAAACUAUUCUAGUUGAUGAAAAUACAAGUGGCGUCAAAGUUGACUCUUUUGUGAACCUAUUUGUUACCAAAAUCUCGUCUCCCUCCCUUCUUCACAGUUUACCUACUUAUUAUGAAGAAGAUAUUGAUGACAUCGGGGUUCGGUCGCUUGCAGGAAGCAUAGCACUUCCUCAGAAAAUGCUCGGUAGUCAGGCUACACAUAGCACAACUACCUUCAAGCUUUCCGCCACAAGCACAUGACUAUUUGCUAAAAUUACGUGGGCAACAGAUACUUGCUUAUAUAAGCCAUUUUUGGAAUAGAAUCAGUAGCCGUGCUAAUAUGGCUCUCCCAGCACCAGUUGAAAUCCAGCUAGCACAAUUAGGGGAGGAUAUUCUCUUUAGUGUUGACAAAGAGUGGGUACACAAUAUCAAUAAUCAAGUAGCAAGUUACUUUUUGUGAUAGUUAGAAGGCUUCGAUAAUUAAACAUGUUUACAGAAACAAUGGUGAAUAUUGUUUUGUGUUGUAAGUAUUUCAAUCUUGAUCAACUCAUAUAGAAGUUAAUGAAUGCCAAAUUUAUCACAGGCAGAUUUCCAGCAUUGGUAUAUACCAUUGUGAAUAUUGAAUAUAACCAUUACGAAAACAAGUCAAGAAACGAAAAGUUUGGGAGAUACCAAUGAGUACAUCUUUGUCUCACUCUCAGACCCCAAUUCUCUCAUUCACUGAUAUGGCCACUUCCCUUACUGAAAUUCAGCAAGCUCAUGCCCACAUGCUCAAAACUGGUCAUUUCAACAACACUUUUGCUGCAAGCAGACUCAUCAGUUUUGCCAGCACAAACCCUGAUCCUCAAACUCUCUCUUAUAGUCACUCCAUUCUCACUCGAAUUCACAACCCGAAUUCGUACACUUUUAAUAUCCUUAUCAGAGCUUAUGCUAACAGUCUCAACCCACAAAAUGCACUCCCAGUCUUCCUUCAAAUGUUGAGUGGCCAUGCAAAUGUUGUUCCUGAUAAGUACACUUUCACUUUUGUGUUAAAGGCAUGUGCUAAAUCUGGUGGAUUGAGAGAAGGAAUGCAAAUUCAUGGUCAUUUGUUAAAGAUUGGAAUUGGGUGUGAUUUGUUUGCUCAAAAUACCUUGGUUCAUAUGUAUGCGACAUCCGGGUGUAUUGAAAGGGCACGUAAUGUGCUUGAUAAAAUGCCGAAACGAGACGUGGUUUCUUGGAAUGCUUUGUUAAGUGCUUAUGUGGAAAUGGGAAUGAUUGAGUUAGCACGCGAGUUGUUUAAUGAAAUGGAUGAAAGGAAUGUAGAAUCUUGGAAUUUUAUGAUUUCGGGGUAUGUAAAUGCUGGGUUGGUUGAAGACGCUAGACGGAUUUUUAAUAUGAUGCCUUCAAAGAAUGUGGUUUCUUGGAAUGCUAUUAUCACUGGUUAUGCGCAUGCAAGUUGUUUCAAUGAAGUUUUGGUGUUGUUUGAGGAUAUGCAGGAUGCGAAAGUGAAGCCUGAUAAUUGCACAUUUGUCAAUGUUUUAUCUGCCUGUGCCCGGGUUGGAGCUCUAAGCCAAGGUGAAUGGAUUCAUGCUUAUAUUGAUAAGAAUAGGAUUGAAAUUGAUGGUUUUAUAGCUACUGCUCUUGUUGAUAUGUAUUCCAAAUGUGGGAUCAUUGAAAAGGCUAUGAAAAUUUUUAGAAACACUUUGAGGAAGGAUGUUAGUACUUGGAAUUCAAUGAUUUCUGGUUUAAGUAUACAUGUUGGAGAAUCUGCUUUGCAAAUAUUCUCUGAUAUGAGUGUGGCGGGUGUUGAGCCGAAUGAAGUGACAUUUAUAGGUGUUUUAUCUGCAUGUAGUCGUUCAGGGCUGUUAGAUGAGGGGCGUGAAAAAUUUGAUCUCAUGACUCAUGUUUAUAGAAUUCAACCAACAGUUGAGCACUACGGCUGCAUGGUGGAUUUACUUGGUCGACAGGGAUUACUUGAGGAGGCUGAGGAACUCGUGAGAGCAAUGCCACAGAAAGAAGCUCCCGUGGUCUGGGAAACACUUUUGGGUGCUUGCAAAAACCAUGGUAAUAUAGAGUUGGCAGAGUCUGUUGCUAAGAAGCUCUUGGAGAUGAAUCCUCAAGAUAGUGCUGGGUAUGUACAGUUGUCAAACAUGUAUGCAUCUAUUGGAAGAUGGGAUGAUGUUAUGGAGUUGAGGAAUAAAAUGAAGGCACAAAAAGUAAACAAGGAGCCCGGUUGUAGCAUGAUAGAAGUGGAUGGAGUAAUUCAUGAGUUCUUAGCUGGCGAAGGAAUAAUUUCCUGAGCAAACUUUACCAUGGAAAGUAUGAAUUAGACAAUUCAGAAUGCAAGCUCUUCUUAAUCAAUCCCAGAGCUCACUGGGUAUUAAACCUGAAUUUCAUCUUAGAGUAGCAGUUGUUCACUCUCCGAUGUUGGCACUCUAUAUCAGUUCAAUUAAAGCCUACAAGUAGCCAUAUGCUGUGGAUUGUAGAAUGAACAAGAAUAGGCGGUAGAAUUUCGAGAGAAAAGGGGCCUUCAAACCCAUAAGUGGUGCAUGAAAAUUACAAAAUGAUAGAAUUCUGCUGAUGGGAUGUUACAAUUAUUUGUGCUUGUAAAAUGGAACCUCUUCUUCUUUGGAACAUGGGAGGGGAGAAUGUUGUGGGGAGGCAUCUAGUGAUAGGGUUCCCUAAUUGUAAGUAGCCAGCUUUGUACUGUUUAUCACCUCAAAAUCUCUAUUCUUUUAAUACUUUCA